AUGGGCCUAGACUAUGUCUACGCCAUGUUUCAAGCGCUAGCUGAGAAUCGGUUUCUCGAGUUCAACCGCGAGACGUAUGCAGCGCGUGGCUCGAAGAGCUGGACGGCCAUCUUCAUGGGCAACCGCAUGGUCUACAGCUCUGAGCCCGAGAAUAUGAAGGCUUUGUCUACAUCCCAUCGUGACGCUUUCGCCGUUGAGCCGAUUCGAGUUGGCAACGGUGCCAUCACGCCUUUUCAGGGCCGCGGUGUUAGCUCUUCUGAUGGACCCAAAUGGCAAUACUCGCGCGACUUGGUCAAGCCUUACUUUGACCGCGAGGGAUUUUCCAACCUCGACCGCCUUAGGACACACGUAGACCGUCUGAUUAGCAAGAUUCCUACGGAUGGGUCGAUGGUAGACAUGCAGCCCUUAUUCAGGCGAUGGUUGCUUGACACAUCGACGGAUUUUCUAUUCGGCCGAACCGUAAACUCGCUCGACAACCCCGACCAGGAUUGGCCAUACAGAGACAUGGUUACCGUUAUGCGCGGGCUUCGGCUACGUCUCCAGCUGAGUUCGUUCGUGUUCCUCCACCGGGAUAAGGAGUUUUUCGCAGCAUGCAAGAGGAUCCACGGUUUCCUAGACGCGUACAUUGAAGAAGCAUACAGACAGCUCCAGGUUGAAAAGGAUACCGGGAAGUCGGCAACAUACGAAAAUGGGAAGCCUCGAGACGAUUUCCUCUGGACAAUCGCUCGCCAUGUGCCCGACCCUCUCGAACUUCGUACGCAAUUGACAGGCGUUUGGAUCCCUUCCAACGAAACAACCUCCAUACUCAUGAGUAAUACUAUCUUCGCUCUAGCAAGACACCCAGAAGUGGUAAAGAAGCUGCGAAAAGAAAUUCUUGACUACGGAGACAAGCCAGUGACAUUUUCGGGCUUGAGGUCGCUAAAUUAUCUGAGAUAUGUCGUCAAUGAGACCCACCGACUUUACCCAGUUAGUCUCCAGACCGUGCGCGCGUGUGUUAGAGACACGACCCUCCCAACUGGUGGGGGUCCCAGCGGUAAGGACCCCAUUUUCUGUGGCAAGGGGGACAUCAUGCACUGCAAUCGCUUCCUCAUGCACCGAGAUCCUGAUCUUUGGGGUCCUGAUGCGGAAGAAUUCCGCCCUGAACGGUGGGAGACAGCGCGCCCGAUGUGGAAUUUCGUGCCGUUUGGCGGCGGCCCACGGAUUUGCCCUGCGCACGUUAUGGUAGACACGGAGUGCAGCUACGCGGUAUUUCGCAUCCUACAGAACUUCAAGGCCAUCGAAGCUAGGGACGAUGAACCGUAUACGGCUGUGAUGAGAGUCGGACCGUCGAAUAAGAAUGGUGUUAAGGUUGCCUUUAUUCCAGCGUAAAUUGGACCCUAAUCUGUUAAAAGGAAUAGGGAACCUUUAUCAUAGUUGGGCUAGGAACCGGGGAGUGAUCACGCAUUGUGAAUUGAAAUAAUUAUCAUGGUGAUUCUGUAUUGAAUUACAGCUGUGAAAUAAGCUACGGUGGCCACUAAAUUAGAAUCCUGUUGCCUAAUGUCGUACGCUGAGUGGGUGUAAGGGAUGCUGUAUUUAGUGAGAAUUACGUACUUAGGUACUGAGUACAGUUUAUAUGGCUGCCUUAGUUCGUGG